AGGUCUCCCGCAAUAAACCCUCGACGACGUUCUUCUGCCGGAGAGUUUCGCAGUGACGGAGAGAGUUCUUACGGCGACUGAGUAGCAAUGGCUGAUCGGGAGAGAAGUGGCGGAGAUAGCAGCAGCGAAGAGGAAGAUCCCAAGUGGAAAGCCGCAAUCAAUUCGAUAGCCACUACCACCGUUUACGGCGCCUCCGCCACGAAACCCGCAGCUACUCAGUCACAUGAAGAUGGAGAUUUUCGACAAAAACCUAAAAAGCUAACACAUGCCCAGAUCAAGGUGAAGAAGCUUUUGAAUGAAAUGGUGGAGAAUUCUUUAGACUUUGUGAAAGACCCUAUCAAUGUUCCCGAGGAUAAACCCGAAAGUGACUGUGGAGUACGAUUGUUUAAGCGGUGUUCUACUGGCAUAAUCUUUGAUCAUGUAGAUGAGCUUCAAGGACCCAAAAAGAAGCCUAAUUUACGCCCUGAUAGAGCAGCUCAAGGAAACUCUAAAGAGUUUAAGAAACGAAUAAAAUCAAUCGCUGUUGAUGGGUCUGAUGUUUUAUCUGCUGCUAUCGAAGCGGCUGCAAAAGCCUCAGCUAGAUUAGUGGCUAAAGAAGCGGCUGCAAAGGCUAAAGCUAAGAAAGAGGAAGAAAGAGUCGCCGAAUUGAAGAAAGUCAGAGGAGAAAAAUGGCUACCUUCGGUUGCACGGGAAUUGCAGCUAAACAAGAAACCAACAUGGAGAUCUGCAAAAUCGUAAAGAUUCAUCUAUCUACUGAAGCUAUAUCAAUUUUGGAGGUAAACGAUGGAAAUCUCAUUACUUGAAGGAACAUAGAAUCACUCUUGGCUACAAAAAAAUAUUACGAAAGAAGAUAAUGUAAGAGAGAGGGAUCAUUUGUUGUUGAUGUAGUGAGAGUGAAGUUCUUCAGAGAUGUUAUCACCUUCGUUGUCUUUGAUCCAAAUGAAAUCUUCUAA